CACUGUCAACAUUGGAACUAUUAUUAACUAUAUUACAUAAAAUUAUGUAUUACGUUAAAUUAGUAUACCUCAGUGUAUGCUAGCUUCGAUUAUAGUUUAUCAAUUUUCACGAAAUGUCCAAUUCAUGUUAUUUAUUCAUAUUCAUUGUAAUAUUUAUUCCUAAAAUCUACGGUCAACAAAAGUGUGAUCAUGUGAGUGCUGUUAAUGGUUCAUACUCUGUGGUAUAUUUGAAGAAAGUUCUUCCUCGUGAUAACGAUUGCGAUCAUGAUAUAAAUUUCAAAUAUGUGUACGAGGGUCCAGCCAGUUUAUGGACAAUCCAAAAUAAAGAUACGUUUUUAUACAUAAAUAUACCUGAUAGAAAUUCAACGAAGUGUUACUUCUUGUUGCUAAAAGAACAUAAAAUGAGGAGAUGUUAUGUGAAUAAUUUUUGGAAAGUUACCGAAAGGCUUAUUGUAUUCACAACUUAUAAUCCAUCUAAAGAAGCAUUCGUUGGAGAUGUGAAUAGAUAUAUGAAAUAUGGAUGCACUAAUCAGGAAAAAAUGGUAGCUUUUUACAGCAAAUGUGUGAAUAGUCCAGUUUUACGUAUAAACGAAUAUCGCGACUAUUUGAAGCAAUAUUAUGAAGAAGAAAAAAUUCAUUAUCAACUUUAUGCCACAGCUGGUCAAAAUACUAUUAAAUUGCUGGAUGAUAGCGUAUUUUCUUUAUUUACUGUGAUAAUACUAAAGUAUUGCUUGAGUUUUUAUUUCAUUUUUUAAAAAAAAUUAAACUACUUUCUUUGUCUUCUUCUCAAAAAAAUUUGAUUUAUAUCGAAUGUCUUUCACUAAAAUAUAAAUAAAAGUUUAGGAAUAUCUAUUUAUUGAAAAGAAGUAUAAAAGAACGCCAUGUGGUUAAUUGGAAACCAAAAUCUUUUGUUAAUAGAAAUUUUAUUUCCAAAAAUUAUUAUAACAAACAGAAGCCGAAGAUUGAACAGUGGGAUGUUUGUUGACAAGCUACUGUACAAAAACGGUUCGACCACCCGCAAGAUAUAGGGAUCUGCAAUUCACUAGAAAGUAAACGAACAGGGUAGGAAUAGAAAAAACAUGUUAAAAAUAAUAUUAUUAUAGAAAUAAUGGUAAAAAGUUUAUGUAAGGAUUAUGAAAAGUUUACUAUUACUAUUGUUUCUUUUUUAUUUAUGUAUAUGUGCCCUUAUUUAGAUUUAUUCUUAAUAUAUAGUUAUUUAUGUAUAGAUUUUACAUUUUAUGUCAAUUAUUUAUUUAUAAUUGAUACUUUUUCGUUUUCAAUAAUAAUAAGCAGACAAUUAUAGUUUAUGUGAUUUAAA